AUGCUCUCCCUUCUCGAACUUGUCUAUGAUAAACUCACGUACACUCCGACCUAUAAUAUUCUCAUCAUUGGAAUUGAAGAGAGUGGGAAGACAGAACUGUUGCAAACCAUUAAACAAAUGAACAAACAAGAAAUAUUUUCAUAUUCACCUGCGACUGUCAUGACUUGGACUCAACAUUCUUCAUCAUCAAAUCCACAACUGGAUUCAACCUUUCAAUUUAAUUUUUCUCAACUCUACAGUAAAUCGAAAAGAAAUCGAAAUUACAAUCCCACCAUUGGACAAAAUACAUUUAAUAUUGAGUUUGCAAAAACUUGUAAUUUAAAAAUUUGGGAUAUUGGUGGUAAUUUAAAAACCAUGUGGAAUGAUUAUUACAAAUCUGCUCAUUCUAUAUUUUUUGUGAUCAAUUAUAAUAUUGAGAUACGAUCGUCUAAAAUUGAUGAAAAUUCUACUGACUCCAACCAAAAUGAAGGCUCUUCAGAAGAGACUUGUAAAUUUGAUUCACAUUUAUCAUUUAAUGAACAAGUGCAGUUAUCUAUUGGAUCUCUUUCUGCAAAAAUUGAUAUUUAUCAUCGAUAUUCUUCCUCAUUCAAAAUACUAACAGACAUCUUAAAUGAAUACAAAGAUCUAUUCCAAGACAUUCCCAUAUUUUUAUGCAUCAACAGCAUUGUUACAUGUUAUGAUGAAUUUGAAAAUAUUGAAAAGGAUGAUGACAAGAAAUUAAUGAUCAAUUUAAUAGAAACAUACAAAAAUAUAGCAAUGAAUGAAUUUAACAAAGUGGCCUUUUCUGACAGCAUGUCAUCACCAUCGAAAGAGGGAACGAAAAAUAUUUUAUAUAGCGGUGAUUAUUACAAGAUAUUGAUUAAGCAUUUGAACGUUUGUGAGCCAAAAAAGGUAUAUGAGCUGUUAAAUAGUGUCGUGGAUUAUUUACACCAGAGAAAACAGGCAAGAGAGUUAUUGGACAGCGAGUUUAUAUAG